AUGGGUCCCAUUGUCCUUGAGAGGGGUACCUCUCUCUCCCCCCUCCUCUCCCCCAUCCUCCUCUCCCCCAUCCUCCUCUCCCCAGCUGUCACUUGAACCCCCUUUUCCCAUGUCCACCCAACCUCAGUGUCCCCAAAACCCCCUCUCAAGGACUUUCUGAAUCAGAUGGUGAGUGUGGACGGUGCCAUGGUGAAGUUUGAGAUCUGCGACACGGCUGGUCAGGAGUGCUACCACAGCCUGGCACCUAUGUGCUACAGAGGAGCCCAGGCAGCCAUAGUGGUCUAUGACAUCACCAACACAGUAUGAACAUCUUAGAUGAUAACAUCUCCCUCUCUGUUUCAAAUGCUCUGUCUCCCCCUUUAUCUCUCUCUCACAAUCCUCUUCAGCCCUUCUCCUUCCUGCAUAAUGACUCCCAUCUUUUCCCUGUUAAUCUCUUCACCUUUCCUCUCACUUUUUCCACUAAUUUGUAGUGAAGUAAUUCACCAACAAUGCUAAGCAUCUGUUAAUAAUUCUCGCCAGAAAUGUCACAUAUAUCCCGCAUUUACAGUAUACCACUGUGCAGAGGUUUGAGACAGAUGUUUUUAGAAGGACAUUCCUACAGGUCUAGCAGUACAUCUUCCCUGUUCCUUCUGGCCAUAUCUCAUCUUUAUUUUCUAUUCUGGAUAGGAGACCUUUGUACGAGCCAAAGCCUGGGUGAGCGAGCUCCAGAAACAGUCUGUUAACAGAGCGGUGGAGUAUACGGUAGGCUCCUGUGUGUAUACCUCACACCCAAGAUAGCCAGAUAAUGGCCAAAUGCUUGUGCAGUGAUGUGUGUGUAACAGGUCUACAUGUCUGUGGUGUUUUUUCAGGAUGGUCAGGGCUAAGUUGCUGACAACAGUCUUUUCUUCAUGGAGUCCUCUGCCAAGACAGCCAGGAAUGUCAACAACCUCUUCCUGGUCAUAGGUGAGUCACAUCUGACACGCCAUCAUCCAAAUUCAUAGGGUUGAAAUGGGCUGGAGAUGAUACUGUGGCCUUCUUUCUCAAGGACUUCAAUAUUCAAUGUUAUAUAGCAAUGUUAUGGGACAAAACUAUUCAAAACAAAUCAACCCAAACAAAUCAUAAUUCCUUUGACAGAGCAUUUGUUUUUGCCAUGGAUAGUUUACUCCUCAUCAUGACACCGCUAAGGGAUAAUGUCCCUAUAUAGCCACAAGAGGGUGAUAAAACCUCAUGGUGUACACAAUAUGAGCAGCUAUCAAUCACCUUGUUUAUACUGUUGCCAUCUCAACUAUAAGCAACACAUACUAUAAUUGUUAUAUGUGGUCCUCUAUGUUGAUAUGCAGUACCAUGAUUUGUUGUCUGUCUUUUUUCUAGCCAAGAAACUGCCCAAGAGUGAGCCACUGGGUGGAGUAGCGGGUAGUGCUCGGGUUCGAGGAGGACCUCCAGUGGAUCUCAGGCAACCUACCCAAACAAGUCCAGCCCAGUGCUGUGGAAACUGA